UUUCCUGUGUAGAGGACGUCAUCAGUCAGUGAAUGGUGUCACGAUUAUUAUUUCCAAGGUAUUGAUAGUUCUUUGUGAUUCCUGUUUCAUUUUCUGCUUUCAUUCCUUGUGUUUCUGGAUUUCCCUUUGUGAGCAUUUUUCUAUUCCCUAGUCUUAUCUUUAGUGUUUCCUGUUUUAUUUUGUUAUUCUUGUUUUAGUGGGCCAUUUCCUGCCUUGGUGUGUUUGCCUCCACUGUGUCACAGCCAUCUUGAUUACUCCAGUGUCUAUUUAGUCACUGUGUUACUUCCCUUCAGUGUCAGUCCGAUUUCAGACUUUCUCCAUGUCUCCUUGUAUGGAUUUAUCUCUGAGCUCGUGUUUUGUUUGUCCCUUUGUUUGGACUUACAUUGGAUCUUUUAUUAUUUGCAUUUUGAUUUUUAGAAGAAAAAGGAAACUUUUGCUAGAGCCCUACAGAUUAAUCGGCCAGCCGAUGAUAUCGGCCGAUAUCAGCAUAUCAAGUGACUAUCGGUAUCGGCUGAUUUUAUCGCAGAUAUACGCCGAUAUAACUAUAUUCAUUCACCAGUCAAAUAGCAUUUCGUUUGAGUAUCAUUGUAUUCCAUGAGCAGUUCUCUAUCACCAGCAGAGUGUGCUGUAUGGAUUACAACAAGCAUUAUCACUCUCCAGUGAUUCAAGGGGUGAUGCAAGUACAUGUCAUGUAACUUGCUAGUUGAGUGGCCAUCUUGUCUUCAUCAUAGUUUACACAAGUGUCUGAUAACUGCAUUUGAGGGAUCCACACAAUAAAUGUGUUUACCUAUAUUUAUCUAUCUCCACAGAUCGAAGAUAGAUCAAAGAAAGAUAUCGGCCAAUAUAUCGGUGUCGAUUUCUCUCUAUCCCUAAUAUCGGUAUCGGCCUUAAAGCAUAUCCGUCAGGCACUAGCUUUUGCCUUUUUUGCCUUUUGUUAAAAAUAAAUAAUUUUAAUUCUGCACAUUGGUCCUUUAUUUAGAGAAACAAGUAUCAACCAGUGAUCAAAAACUAGCUUUUAUAUGGUUAGCUUAUUAAAAGUUGUCUGACAGCAUGAUUUAUGAUCCCCUGCUGUUCUGUAAACACAGUACAGCAGGAAUUAUAAAUCAUGCUUGCUGUCUUUGCAAACUUCAGGAUCCCCUUAAGUUUUUGGAGAGAAAGUUCUGGGGGUUUGAGCGAUGUCUGGCAGCACGGCAUGAUUUUGCUUCAACUAGCAGGGGGUCACUGGGGUUAAAGAGACACAUGAGCCCUGGUCUUUCUGACCUCUCCUGGUUCUGCGAGCAGCUGUGUGGGGUUUAGGACGUCUCUUUCAUGCGGUGGGCUGGAGCGUGAAGUGGGAGGGGGCUUUCUGCUCUCAGGAAUGCUGGGAGGACACAGACCACAGAUCUGCCUCAUCCUAAUCACGCCGUUUGUCUCGAGCUUAUGGCGGAGAUGCUGUGGUUGGGAGCGAACAUCUGGCUCUUCAUGAAGACCUUCUUGCUGUACUCCACUGGAAAGCAGUACCACUACCUCUACAAGAUGCUGGGGCUCGGGCUGUGCAUCAGCAGGGCGUCUGCGUCAGUGCUGAACCUAAACUGCAGCUUGGUGCUGUUGCCCAUGUGUCGCUCCCUGCUCACCUUUGUUCGAGGAACACACACGGUAUCGAGCAGAAAGACUCGCAGACUUCUCGACAAGAGCAAGACCUUCCAUGUGGCAUGUGGGGUUGCCAUCUGCAUCUUCUCUGUUGUGCACGUGUCUGCCCACCUGGUGAAUGUCGUCAACUUCAGUAUGAGUUACUCAGAUGACUUUCCUGCGCUGAAUUUGGCUCGCUACAGAGGAGAGGACCCAAAACUCAUCAUAUUGACAACAAUCCCAGGAGUCACUGGCGUCCUUUUGGUUCUCAUCCUCUUUUUGAUGUUUACAUCAUCCUCAUACUGCGUGCGGGUGUCAAACUAUGAGAUCUUUUGGUACACACACAACCUCUUCAUCGUUUUCUACAUCAUCCUGAUGGUGCACAUGGUUGGAGGAGCUCUAAAGUAUCAAACAAACCUGGAGGCUCACCCUCCCGGCUGCCUUCGAGCCAAUCAGAGCAGCACAGAGCAGCACGGUGAGGAGCUGGGGCAGAGUGAGGACGAGGAGAGGAGAUGCAGAGAGGAGGCUCACUUCCAGCCACACUGCCCCCAGACUUGGCUUUGGGUGUCCGGUCCUCUCUGUCUGUACUGUGCUGAGCGUCUCUACCGCUAUAUCCGGAGCAGCAACCCUGUUACCAUAGUGACGGUCAUCAGGCACCCCUGCGAUGUCAUUGAGUUGCGCAUGCUGAAGAAGAACUUUAAGGCUCGACCUGGACAGUAUAUUGUUCUUAACUGUCCAGGUGUCUCCUCAUUUGAGAACCAUCCUUUCACGCUAACAACGUGUCCCACAGAGAUCAAGGCAACUUUUGGCGUCCAUCUCAGAGUCGUGGGAGACUGGACUGAGCGGUUCACACAGCUGUUGCUUCCUGAAUCGAGGCUAGACAUGGAGAUCCUUCCCAUGGUGCAACAGAGGAGAUAUCCCAAUCUUUACGUUGAUGGCCCCUUUGGAAGCCCAUCAGAGGAAGUGUUCAACUACGAUGUCAGCCUUUGCGUUGCUGGAGGAAUAGGAGUCACGCCGUUCGCCUGCGUUCUGCAUGCUCUGCUUGACGGCUGGACUGGUUUCAGGUUGCAGAGGUUGUACUUUGUGUGGGUCUGCAGGGAGCUCCAGUCCUUCUACUGGUUCGCUGAACUCCUGUGUGCUGUUCAUCAUAAGCUUUGGCAGGAAAACAGACCAGACUACUUUAAUCUGAAACUGUACGUCAGUCAGCCGGACAGCCUGCAGUGCAUGUCCGAGGAGAGGUAUCGUCCGCUCACAUCGAGACUGCUGGUUGGUCGUCCCAAAUGGAAGUUACUGUUUGAUGAGAUUGCAAAGACUAAUAAGCAUAAGAAAGUCGGGGUUUUCUGCUGUGGACCUAAAGGCAUCUCCAGCACUCUCCACAGACUGUGUAACUCAGCCCGAUCCUCUGGAACCACCUUUGAAUUCAACAAGGAGUCCUUCAGCUGAACAAUCAUCGAUAGACGGAUGCAUUUUCAGACAUUUUUGUGGCAAAUCUUCUACAUUUGAAGUCAACCUUGGUUACUUGAAAUUUUUUAUUUACCAACUUGAUAUAAGUAGUGCCAACAGGCCAAAAUAUUUUGUAAACACUGUACUACUGUCCCUACUCAUGAUCCAGAAAGGCUCAGCAGGACACUUCAGCAUUAGGGCCUUUUCCUCCCUGAGGGCGCUAGAAGCUACACCUGAAGCAUCGGAUCAAACCAACUCUGAGAAAAACCAAAGAGACCAGCUCAGUGGUUUGAUGUGCCACUCUGCUUCAGAUUUAAUCCUUUCUGUGAUACACAUCAGUGUGGAGCAAAUUCGUUUUUCUCGCAUUGGAGUCCAAUAUGAGAUAAAAAAAAAGCAACAACAUAACCUGCAAUUCCAUGAUGACAAACAUGACAAGAUGUCCCACAGGAGGUAUUUCAUCCCUUCGUGGAUCAGAGCUGCAGCAGCAUUCAAGGAUCUGACAAACUGUUUUCUAGCCCAAACUCUAAAGAAACACCUAACUGGUACCAAACAUCAUCGCUCUACACUGAAACGUUUCAGCUAUAGAGGGCGCCACAUAGUGUCAUUUCUUAGUUAACUUUUUGUCUCACUAGCUUUCCAAAUCAAUUGGUAUUAGGUACAAUAUGAGACACUUCCAAGUCAUUUUAACUGAGAUAAAACUCAUGUUUUCUUCACAUCCAGAAACUACAGCUCCCACACUGUAGGUCAUGAUGGAAAAGUGUUGUCACAACCCCACUGGAGAUUUUGCCUUUUAAUGCUCAAUUAACACCAUUAUUUCACAAUCGUGUUUGAACUUAUAGUUACAAGGAAACCAUACACAGUUUGAGAA